AUGAUCCCAGAGACCCCUGGGCUCGUCCUCCUCCUCCUGGCCCUCCUGGCCCUCCUGGUCCCCCUCCUGAUCAAAGAGACCCCUGGGGUCGUCCCGGUGGUCCUCCCGGCCCUCCUCCUCCGGGACCGAGAGAUCCCUGGGACCGUCCUGGCGGCCCUCCUGGCCCUCCUCCUCCCCCAGGCCCCAGAGACCCUUGGGAUCGCCCCGGUGGCCCCCCGGGACCUCCUCCGCCUCCGGGUCCUAGGGAUCCCUGGGAUCGCCCUGGUGGCCCUCAUGGUGGCCCUCCUCCUCCUGGCCCCCCCGGGCCUUGGGACCGUCCUGGUCCUCCUGGUCCUCCUCCCCCUCCGGGACCUCCUGAGUACCGCCGGUGGUAAGCGAUCAUUGGUGUCGGUUUGCUAG